AUCUGUAAUUUGUUUUGUUAUUGGUCUAUGUUUAAUAUUUUAAUAUUUUAAAUAUGUGCCCGUGUACGUAAAAAAAAAUUUGGCUAAAUUUUUACAGCAUCUAAACACGGCCUUGGUACAAGUGAGGCAUUGUUUUUUUAGAUGGUUUUAGAUGGUAGAACUCAGGAUACACGAACAUGUGUGCGUCUGGAAAAAAAAAACCCCUGGCGAAACACGCGAAUUGUGAUCCUAGGGAAUUUAAACUUAUUUCUAUGAUUAUUGUAUAUUUUUUUCUUAAUCCUGUAUAUAACACUAAGAUGACUUAUAUUUGAAAUGAGGGCUAUAGUAAUAGUCUAAGAAUAAUAGCUGUCUCUACGACCCACCGGUGGAUCCAUCACUUGUCAAUGAUCCAUGAGAGUGCAACUGGAAAAAUGAAAUUCUAAUUUUGAAUGAUCCAUGAGAGUGCAACUAGAAAAAUGAAAUUCUAAUUUUGAGUAGAUUGUAUUGAUGAUGUACAAACUUGUUAGGUGAAUGCUUUUUAGUACAUGAAUUUAAAAUGUUUGCUUUGGUGUAUGAAGUUGUCUAAUGCAUGCAAAACAAGACCAAAAGGGCAUGUCAUAGCCAAUUUUACCAAAUUAAACACUGAUUAGGAUGCGACGUAAAGACACGAUGUGGGCAUGAGACAUGCUAUCUUUGUAUUGUAAACUUGAUUUGUGAUUGAUUAUUCUUUGUUUUCCCCUUUGAUUCAUUUCUCGGAUUUUUAUGUCUUCUCCGUGUAAUCUUUAGGCCUUAUUAAACAUCUUCACUUAACAAAUAUAUACAUGUAUGUAGCAUUCUUUUGACAAUUUUCAUUUACUUAACAAAAAAUUUCUCCACACCUAUUCUUCUAACAAUUUUCCCAGUUCCAAUUGCGAUUUAGUGAAUUUUUUUUAUUUUCUCCGCACAUAUUCUUCUAGCACACUUCCCCGUUUAUCCCACCUCAAUAUUUAGGAAAUGUGGGCAACCGAAGCCCCCAAAAUUUCGAUCUCCAUUUUGUAGUGGGAUAUCAUCGCAUUGUUUUUCAUUUUGGAGAAGCAGCACUUGCAAGAACCAGAGCACCCAAGAAACCAAGAAGCAGAGCCGCCGUCGCCCUCAUCCGCGUCUCUUGAUCGACGAGGACGAUGCGUCCGCUCGGGAGGACUAGUAAGGGGAGGCAGCACAUCGACAACAAGGAAAGGCGGCAGGUCACCUUCACCAAGCGGCGGGGCGGGCUGUUCAAGAAGGCGUCGGAGCUCGCCCUGCUCGCCGGCGCGAGCAUCGCCGUCGUCGUCUUCUCCGAGACCAACCUUGCCUACGCCUUCGGUGACCCAUCCGUCGACGCCGUCCUCCUCUCCUACGGCCCCGUCCCCGGGGAGGAUGCUGAGCCCGCACCCGUCCACAGCGGCGGGUUAGGCAAGGACGUCGACCUCGAGAUGCUGAGGUAGGCGGUGGGGGAGACCAGGGCGGAGGUCGCGGCGGAGAAGGCGCGGAUGCGCGGCAUCACGGCGAAGAUCUUGCAGGCGAAGGCCGAGGGGCGGUUCUGGUGGGACGUCGACGUGGGCGAGGUCGGGGAGGCCGAGUUGCCAGAGUUCGCCAGGGCGCCAAGGAGCUCAGGGCCAAGCUCGACGGCCAUGCCAACGGUCCGCCACCGCGCCAGCAGCAGUAGAGACGACGACAACGGCGGCGGCGGCAGUAGGAGACAACGGCUCGCACGGUUCUUCCAAUUGCAUCUCUAAUCAGGUUUAGCGCUUGCAUAAUCAUAUAAUUCGUGGUAUUAAUUUGGUGAAAUGCUCCGAUUUGUUUUCUCGUUUGCAUCCUGUAAAUUUGCAGGCAUAACAAUUGUGCUUCUUCUCUGCAAUUUGUUCUCGUCUCGCUUUCUUUCAUCAUGUAAAUUCAGUGCAAGAUGAGUGGAAGUAACAUGAAUACAUGAUCUUGGGAGUAUUUCAGAAAUUUUGUCGAUUCUUGUAAUGUGUCUUGAAAGGAAUUACUUGGGAGAUUCUUGGGAGAUGUUUUUCUUUGAACGAAUGCACCAGAAAAUGCGUUGUUUCAUUGAAUAGGGUAGGAAAAAUUUAAAGGCUAGACAGCACCUACACACUACACAGAUGAUGUUGUUUUAUUUCCAUUCAAUUUGGUACUCCUAUGUAACUGUGGAUCCGGAGAACGAAUGCCUAGAUGGUGGGAUGGUUUUUGUGUGUUUGCAAACCUGCAAGCACUUUGAGUUGCCCAAAUUCCUGCUCUGGUAUGCAUAUGCAGUACAUUUUGAUUUGCACUUGCAAUUCCUACCUGAACUUGAGGAGCAAGAUUAUGUGUUAAUAAAUCUUUGUGCAAGCAUUCACUUAUAUUGCCAAAAUUGGUACAAAAUUGCACUUCUUUAAAUAAGGACUACCAAUUUUGUAGAACUACACUUUUCCCCCAAUGGUUUGAGAGACCUUGCAAGUAGGGUCCGCCUCCAGCCAACCUCCAUCGCCGAUUCGCUGUGAGCUAUGAGCUCGGUGAUGGGAAGAGGACAGCCAUGAGUAGAUUGCAGAUUCAAGUCAAUGGAUUUAAGUCAUGGCAGAUUGACAGUAUCAAUUUGCUUUUUUUUUUCUAAAUCGGCUCGAUUUGCUUUUUUUUUUCUAAAUCGUGCUCGAUUUGCUAGUGACACCAAUUUGUAGUGUGUCAUCUGCGGCCUAAUUGCUUGAUUCAUCGAUCUUACUGAUUAUUUAAUUUGUUUUUUUGUUGUUCAAACUUUUGUUAUGGUUAGUUAGGUCUAUAACCGAGACCGAACCGAACUAACCGAAGACCGAAUUGCUCGGUCUUAAGUUUUGUUGGAGACCGAGAUCAGUUUUGAGAUUCUAAAGAUCGAAUUUUUAAAAAGAUCGAGAAACCGAACUGAAUUUCUCGGUCUAACCAAAUGCCCACCCGUACUACUACACUUAACCCGCCCACUCAAGCAGCUACGCUUAACUCACGUUACGUAGGAAAGGAAAUUCAGAAAUUGCUGCUGAUAUCCACCGUGGGGGAAAACAAAAAUUCCCCGCUAAGCGCCCACCACCUGUUCGACGGAAACCCCAGCCGCGAGCCCGCGAUGACGGCACGCGGGGCGCUCCGCCGCCUCAUCCCUAGCCACCUCCAACCCGUCAGCCGCCGCGCCCCGCCGCCGCCGCCAUCGGCGGCCGACGAGGGGCCCUUCCCGGACCCCUACGCUCUCCUUGUCCACGACCCCAUCGAUCUCCUUUCCUCUCUGUGGCGCCGCGCCUUCGCUCACCCGCUCCCGGCGCCCUUCCCCAACCUCUCCGGGUACGCCUCCCGCCUCGAUCUCUGGCUCCUCUCUUACCAGCGAGCCUGCGCCCACGCCACGGGCUCCUUCCCGCCACGCCACGCCGUCCAGCUCCCCACCCUCCACUCCCUCCUCCGCCUCCGCGCCGCCGCCCUCCGCCGCCACCCCGCCUUCCCCUGGGGCGCCUCCACGCACCUCCUCAUCCGCUCCCCGGCCGACCCCCCUUCCACCGUCACCAUCUCCCGCCGCAAGCUCGAAGCCCGCCUCGCCAACGCGCCGCCCCCGUUCCAGGACCGCGUCGUCCAGGAGCUCCUCCUCCUGCUCCUCGAGCCCGUCUUCGAGCCCCGUUUCUCUCCGAAGUCCCACGCCUUCCGCCCCGGCCGCGGGCCCCACACCGCCAUCCGCUCCGUCCGCUCCCACUUCGCCGCCUACCUCUGGUUCAUCUCCGCGGACCUCACCGGGGUGGUCGACGCACUCUCGCCUUAUACCAUACUCUCCUGCGUCCAGAAGGCCGUCUCUGACCGCAAGGUCUUAUCUUUGCUGAAGUCGGCGCUCAAUGCCCCUGUCCGGCCUGGGUCUGUGCCACCACGGGAGAAGGAGCUUGAUGGCCUAGCUAAGAAGAGGCUGAAGAGGAAGGUUCUCAGGAAAAGCAGGAAGAAGAAGGUGCUCAAUGAGAACGAGCCCAAGCCUGAUCCGUAUUGGUUGAGGUUAUUCUUCGGGUUUGCCCCAGAACAGGCGUGCCAUGCACCGAAUUAUGGGCAUUGUGGGAUACUUAGCCCUUUGCUUGCCAAUGUGUGCCUUAACGAACUGGAUUGGUGGCUCGAGGAGAGAAUUCAUGAGUACUUCCGCCCGUCAAGCCAUGAUUCGAUUUGGAAGGAGGCGGGUGAUGAAGGAUGCCAUAAUCCUGCCUGGCCUGAGUUUGUCCCAUCAAGUGGGAAGGAGAAGACAAGGAAGAUGGAUUACCUUAGAUUUGGCUCCCAUGUUCUUAUUGGGAUCAGGGGACCAAGGGAGGACGCAGUUGAGAUAAGGAGACAACUGAUGGAGUUCUGCGAGAGCACGUUUGGUUUGAGGCCUGAGAAUUCGAUGGUAGAGAUUGAGCACAUCACAAGAGGGAUUGAGUUCUUGGAUCAUGUGAUCACCCGCCGGGUCAUCUACCCAACCUUAAGAUAUACCGCUAGUGGAGGGAACAUUGUGAGUGAGAAAGGUAUUGGGACAUUAUUAUCAGUAACAGCAAGCCUUCAGAGGUGCAUAAGGCAUUUCAGGAAGCUUGAACUUGUAAAGGGGGAUCGGGAUCCUGAGCCAUUGCCAUGUUCACCAAUGCUGUACUCUGGGCAGGCGCACACUAACUCUCAGAUGAACAAAUUUCUUGAGACCAUGGCUGAUUGGUACAGAUAUGCAGACAACCGGAAGAAGAUUGUAGGGUUCUGUGCAUAUGUCAUUAGGAGUUCCUUGGCAAAGCUUUAUGCGGCAAGGUAUAGACUCAAGUCUCGAGCUAAAGUUUACAAGAUUGCCUCACGUGACCUUAGCCGCCCAUUGAGAGAGAGCACAAGGAAUGAUGCACCAGAAUACUCUGAUCUCUUGAGAAUGGGACUAGUUGAUAUUAUUGAGGGUGUACAAUUUGCACGCAUGUCAUCAAUUCCAUCGUGUGACUACACACCUUUCCCUAGAAACUGGGUGCCUCACCACGAGCUUGUAUUGCGUGAGUAUAUUAAACUGCAAGAUCCAAAAUUCUUCUGUGAACUUCAUAAGACAAUCAAAAGGAAGGAGAUAAAUUCACCGCAGGAUGAUGUAUCAAGGAUGGUGUGGUAUUAUAAAGUUUAUGGUGUUUAUGAUGCUAAAAGGUCCCUACAAAAACUAAAUGAUUGGAAGAAUACUGAUGAAGCUGCCAAUAAGGAGAAUCAGAUUCUGUUGGGCAGUGUAUCAAUGGUACAUUAGGCUUAUGUUUUGUGAAGAAAGUUUUAUUGGAUAAACCGUCUUAGACAGCCUUUUUUUCAAUAGAGAAUACUCAUGGAUGGUAUAUCAACAACACAUAGCUAAAGAUAUCUAUCGUCUAGGAGAUAUUCUAUUGUGCAAGGGUAUACUUUUAAUUGUAUACAAUGAAUAAUGACCAUA